GAUGGUAGCAAACUCAUCUGGGAACAACGUCGUUUUCUUACAAACAUUGAAAAUAACCCUUUCGCUGGUAAACCACGGCCAGCUCUCGACAAGGCGUGGCAUGAUCUACUCCGCAACGAUAAUAUCAAAGUACCGAAGGAGUAUCUUGACCAACACGACCUGACAUCGAUAUACACAAAGAACGGAUCCGAAGGGAUUGUUUCUCUCAGCGUCUUUCACUCUUUACACUGUUUGAAGAAGGUCAAGCGAAUGCUAUUCAAAGAUUACUAUCACCAUGGAAAGUCAGACGAUGCAAUGCAACGUGAGGCUAAGCAUGUUGAUCACUGUGUAGAAUACAUCCGCGAAGCGCUCAUGUGCCAGCCGGAUCUAUCCAUGGUCACAUUUCGCUGGAUCAACAACACUGCACAACACCCUGAAGACAAGUCUGGGUUCUACCCAACCAAUUUCGAUGUCGAUUCGCACACUUGCGCGAAUUGGGAGGCCCUGAAUUCAUGGGCCUCAGAGCGGACAUUUAAUUUGUUUGAGGUGGAGUUGCUGCAAAGGCCAGGCUCUAUGGAAGCUUUCUUGUAA